AUGUCGCGCACGAGAGUCUUGCUGGUUGGAGCAGCUGGUGAGACUGGCGGCUCAAUCGCAAAUGGACUCCUUGAGAACCCCAUCUUUGAAGUCUAUGCGCUUGUUCGUCCCCGAUCGGUCCAAAAACCUGCCAUUGUUUCCCUUCAGGAACGAGGUGUCCAAGUGCGUCGAUGCGAUCUGAGAGGCUCGGAGGAGUCGCUCGCCGAAGCACUUACAGAUAUCGAUAUUGUCAUUAGCUGUGUCGGUCCCGCCGAACAGCAAGACCAGAUUCCUCUUGCAAAGGCUGCAAAGAAAGCUGGUGUCAAGCGAUUUGUCCCGUGCGGAUUCAUCACAGUGGCCCCGCCUGGCGGCAUCAUGUGGUUGAGAGACGAGAUUUUUGAAGAGGUAUUGACGGUCAGUUCUACUCUCCAGAAAGAGACUGUUUACAAUCACAUCAAACAACUCUGGCUUCCAUACACCAUUGUCGAUGUUGGUUGGUGGUACCAGCUUUCGUACCCUAGACUCGAGUCUGGACGAGUAGACUAUGCUAUGACCACGGCAAACAACGAGAUUGUGGGGGAUGGAAACACUCGCACUGCCUUGACAGAUCUGAGAGAUAUCGGACGCUACAUUGCCAGAAUUAUCGUGGAUGAUCGGACAUUGAACCGGAUGGUUUUCGCGUACAACACAGUUGUAACCCAGAACCAGAUUUACGAUUUGCUCGAAGAGAUCGGUGAGGAGAAGAUUCAAAGAAACUAUGUUUCGGAAGAGACCGUCUACACUCGAGUUCUUGCAGCCCGCCAGUCUAGCGAGACCUAUCCCUUUGACCCUGUGAAAUUCAUUCCUCGAUACCUCGCUGAAUACCAGUUGUCCUGGGGUAUUCGCGGCGACAACACCCCGGAAUACGCGAAGUAUCUGGGCUACCUGGAUGCGAAGGAGCUCUAUCCCGAUUUCAGACCAACCGACUUCCGUGACUACCUCGAGUCGGUCGUUAGGGGCACCGCGAAGGGUAUCUACACAGACCGUACCAUUUCGAGGGCCCAACAACGGGAAUUCCCACGGACGGAGUCUAGUGACUCGUUGUACACUCGGAUCUUUCCCAGGGCUGAGUCGAGCGAUUCGCUAUACAUGAGCAGAUAG